CACACACACACACACACAGAGACUCUCGACAGACAGAGGGAGAGAAAGAGAUCGAGGUGAGGGUAUCAUGGUUUCUGGCUUUAAUAAUGUACCGAUGUUGAGAAACUGCUGGCAUAUUUAUAACAGUGGAUUAUUUCAAGAGAUAUACUUACUUUAUAACUUUACCUAUACUUACUAGUAUUUAUGGGUUCAAUCUGAUUGGAGAAUAACCUCAUUUCAUCUCUUUGUGAUUGCAUAAGCUAGACAAGAGACCAGAUAAGGAUCCUCUCCAUCAAGAUAUAGAGUCGCCUUUCCCUGACAACAAGGACAUAGAGAUAAGCACUAAAGUACCAUGCAGGACGACCCUGAGGGAUACUUGGUGAUUGGGGGAAACAGAACGGGAGACAUCCACAGGACUGGUAGUGGGUUUGCUGGUGGGGGAGAUGGGGGAGACAGGGGAGAUGGGCAAGACACAAGCAUGGAGCUGAAGGAUUUGACCAGCAGCACAACAGACAAUGAACAUCCGAUUGCAGAAGAAGAUGAGGGCGGUGACAUCAUAACGCAAAGGAAGGACAUCACAGCAAAAAUGAAUGACAUCAGGACUCAAUGUGAUGACUUCGGAGAUGAGGUCAACGGUGAUUCCGAGAGCCAAUCAGAGCACAGUGAGCCUCGGGUCUACAUAGAGGUGGGCGUGGCUAAGGUGGAGCUAGCCUCGGAACCACUCAAGGCCCAAUCGUCUUUCCAAGAAUCUCCGGAGUUCCCGUCCACUGCGAGCACUGGUAACCAUGGCACUGACAUUAAAACAGACACUUUGAUGAAUGACAGCACAAAAUCCAGCAAUGACUCUGAUAAUGAUAGCGCUAAAACGACCACUGACACUUAUGAUAACUUAGAUGAUAGCGGCAAAGUCAACGGUGAAGAUUCUUCGCACAAAAAGAGUACUGAUGCCUUUAAAUUAAAAACAAACCCACACAAUCACAACUCUGAUCUGGCCAUGAUGGACUCCACAACAACCCUCUGCAGACGUAACCACGACAACUACACAACCCCCGACAUCCCGUCCGACGACACUUCCACUUCCAGAUCGGAAACUUCAGUCCCUCUCAACCAAUCGGCCCCUGCGCCCGACAUCACAUGGGACGACACCCCGAACGUCAGGGAGGGGGGUGAAGGCGACGGUAGACCGCCCUCACAGAGGAGUGUAGCAGAGGGGGUGUGCUGCUGCUACAGAGCAGUACACAAGGCCUUCAUAAGGUGCCUAGAGGAGACACCAGCCAUGCUCCCUGGACUGUUGCUGGCCAUGGGCUUCUGUGUGGCUAUCAUCAUCCUUAUACCAACUACCGGAAGGCUGAAAGAGAACAUCAGUGUCCAUGUAGGGGCCCUGUCUGUGGUCUGUGUGGUGCUGUGUUUGAGCACAGCCCUGCUGGUGGCCCUGCCCUGGCUGGCCGUGGUGAGGCGGUGUGGGGGAGCGCUGUCACUUUGCCUCUGGGGGGCCCUGUAUGUCACAGCUAUAGUCUUCACCUUCACCGGAGGGCCCGUCACCGCAUGGGAACAGGUAGCGUUCUUCCUCUUCCUGUCUCUGUGUGUGUACACGGUGCUGCCCCUGUCCCUAGCCUGGGCUCUGAUGGUGGGCAUAGGGACCAGUGUGUCACACAUCAUCAUCAUCAGUGUCUACGUUCCCGUCACCAGGCCUAACACACCAGACCUGGCAGUGCAGCUGGUGGCCAAUGCUGUGUUGUUUUUGUGUGUGAACUGUGUGGGAGUUUUUCACCUGUGGCUGACUGAGCAUGCCCACAGGAAGUCCAGUAAGAAGAAAGAGAGGUUCAGCGCCAUGCGCUCCCAGAGGGACAUGCAAAAACACCAGCAGGAGCACCUCCUCCUGUCUGUGUUGCCACGAUAUAUCGCCAUGGAGCUGAAGACGGAGAUCAUCAAACGACUGUCGGAGAAUAAAGAGAAAGGACAGAACUUUCACAGUCUGUACAUCCGGCAACACAAAGAUGUCAGUAUUCUGUAUGCUGACAUUGUGGGGUUUACUAAGCUGGCCAGUACCUGUUCUCCUGAGGAGCUGGUGGGAGUCCUCAAUAAGCUCUUCGGCAGGUUCGAUGACAUUGCCAAGAAGAACGAGUGUUUGCGCAUAAAGAUCCUGGGUGAUUGUUACUAUUGUGUGUCGGGUCUGCCAGACCCCAUCCCAGCCCACGCCAGGAACUGUGUUCAGAUGGGACUCGACAUGUGCACGGCUAUCAAUAAACUACGGGAGGCUACUGGUGUGGAGAUCAGUAUGAGAGUGGGUGUGCACUCCGGCAACGUUCUCUGUGGCGUGAUUGGUCUACAGAAGUGGCAGUACGACGUCUGGUCACAUGACGUGACCCUGGCCAACCAUAUGGAGUCUGGGGGCAUGCCAGGGCGUGUCCACAUCACAGAGGAGACACUGGGACACUUAGCUGGGGUGUACCAAAUGGAGGACACUGACGGGGGAAGCCGGGAUGCUCUGCUAAAGGGGAGGAAAACCUACCUGGUGAUCGACCCCCAUAAGGAAGACACCACCUCUAAGAGGAAGGAAAAGACAAACAUCCUGACGGUCAGUGGUCAUAAGCAGCGAGCCUCAGUGAGGAUGUCUCAGUACCUGCAGUCCUGGCAGACCAUCUGUCCAUUCUCUGACCUCAGCAACCCUGAGGCCACACCCACCCAGCUGCCAAUCAACCCGACCUGCGCCAGCACGAACCAAUCACAGCCAUCCGCAGAUAGACCACCUACUCAGACCGAUUCCAGCAGUACCAGUCCGGUCCUGGACGAUGGCAUAAGAGGGUCGUUAGAUACUAUUGACGCUGCAGGGCGGAGAGAAAAGAAGCUGAACUGCAUCACGCUGUUAUUCAAUGACCUAAAGCUGGAGAAACAGUUUCGUCUCUCAGAGGUCAAAGGUCUACACCAGUCAGUAGGCUGCAUGGCUCUCAUCUUCGUGUCUCUGUUUACUGUCCAAAUGCUCGUCUCCCAGAAGAACUUUCACAUGGCUGUGUCGUAUGGUGUCACCUUCCCUGUUCUAGUGUUGCUUCUCUCUGUGGUCUGCACUGGAUACCUCAAGAUUUGGCGCUCUAAAAUCCCUCUCAGUCUACAGUGGGUGACGUCGCUGUCGCAAGGAGUGGCCACAAGGCCGGCGGCACGUUUACUGCUGGUCUGCCUUUGUCUACUCAUCACCUUGCUUAUGGCCAUACUGAACUUUUUCUUUCUACCUGGAAACGACUGUACCUCCAACUCGUACAACACGUCGCAGCUACAGAACCUCAACCUGUACACCAUCCCUUAUUACCUGUACUGCUGCCUGCUGGCUAUGCUAGGUGUGGUGGUGUUUGUGAGGACGUGCAUGUCCAUCAAGGUGUUGCUCCUCACACUGGCUGUAGUAGUCUACCUGUCUCUCUUCCUCUACGUCUACGCACCUCGCUCAGACUGUUACAUGGCCCUGCUCUACAACGAUACAAAGCCUGGAGUCCUAAAGGAGCCUAAGAUCAUGGCUGGAGUUUGGCUGUUCGUCUUCUAUUUUACAUGCCUGAUACUGGCACGACAGGACGAGUUGGGCUGUCGCGUGGAGUUCCUACUGCAGCAGUGUUUCAGAACUGAGAGGGUUGAGAUGGAGACCAUGGAGAAUGUUAACAAACUACUACUGAAGAAUGUCCUACCUCUUCAUGUAGCAUCUAAAUUCAUGGGCAAGACCAGAAGCAACCAGGACCUGUACAGCCAGUCCUGUGACUGUGUGUGUGUGAUGUUCGCCUCGGUACCCCAGUUUAAGGAGUUCUACAGCGAGAGCAGUGUGAACCGAGAUGGACUGGAGUGUUUACGUUUCCUCAAUGAGAUCAUCUCAGACUUUGACGAGCUUCUCUCUGAGCCAAAGUUCUGUUCUGUGGAGAAGAUUAAGACUAUUGGCAGCACCUACAUGGCAGCUGCUGGUCUGACCAAUCCUGCUAUAGGGGACGAGCGAAAGGACUGUGAUGUGUCCUACAGCCAUGUACGCAGCAUGGUAGAGUUUGCCAUCGCUCUGAAGAACAACUUGGAGUCCAUCAACCAACACUCCUUCAACAGCUUUAAGCUACGCAUCGGGAUAAACCAUGGUCCAGUGAUUGCGGGGGUGAUCGGAGCCCACAAACCACAGUAUGAUAUCUGGGGGAACUCUGUGAACGUGGCCAGUAGGAUGGACAGCACCGGAGUACUAGACAAGAUCCAGGUGACCGAGGAAACAGCGCAGGUGGUAAAGACCUUUGGCUUCAGUGUGACCAAGAGAGGAGUCAUCACCGUCAAGGGCAAGGGAGAACUUAUGACCUACUUUAUCAACACCGACUGACCAAUCAUCUUCUCUGUUCUGACCUCUCCAACCAAUCAUCAUCACUCAUUUAGCCACACAUCAAACUCUGACCUAUCUCAAUCGUCCUUAUUUAUUCGCAUGCAGUAAUGCUGUGAACGGGGACACUGCAUUAGGAGGAAGGAGGUGUUGUCUUUGGAUGAAUAUGUUAAACCAAAUACAGAAUGUCAAAAAAGAAAUACUUGAUUGGUAGGCAAUUUGUGAUAAUUUAUUACUUGUGUUUUGAAUGAAUCUGUCACUACUCAUGAACUAUUGUAUCUAUCUGUGUGUGAUCUUUGAUGACAGACAACAAAACAAAGCCAUUUAGGAAUAUGCUCUUAGUAAUGACAGUGACACAGAGUGGGUUCAAGGCAAGCAAUGACAGUGAAUGUUCCUUAUUAGGAAAUUAUAGGCUACAUGGAAACACAAGAUUGUGUACUUUUCAAUGGUUUCCUAAAAGGGAUGUUAUAUAUAAUAAGAAUAUGUAUGGGCUGUUAUGUUAUUUAAAUGGAUGAGGAAGUAGUUGACAGUAGGCUAUCACUGCCAAAGGUACUGCUGCAUUCACACUUUUGAAUCCAUCUGCCGCCACUUUAAUACCAUGAAAAUGCAAUAUAACUUACUGUAUUUAACUUUUGGUAAUGUAAUUUCAGAUAAAUGUUUUUUAUUUUGUUUUUAAAGAGAUUGAUAUAUUUUGUCUAUUCUGAACAAUUUUAUAAGCACGCCUGGGCAUACAGUAUAUGAAUGUGCAUACAAAUAAACUAAGAUGUGGAAGGUU